AUGUCAUACGACUAUCCAUCGACAAGUUUUGUUGGAAUCGGCAUGUUACCAAUAUUCCCUAACAAUAUCAAACCACAAAAUGCUGAAUUUCUGCUAUUUAAUACAUAUGAUGAUGGAUUACCAUUUGAAGAUAAUAAAUUUGAUUUUAUACAUAUGAGAAUGAUGGGAUUAGCAUUAACGGAACAAGGAUGGCUAGAGGUGUUGAACGAGAUAGUUCGCGUGUUGAAACCAGGUGGAUGGUUUGAGUGUAUGGAAUCUGGAGGAUCAUACAUAAACGCAGGUCCAAUUGCUGAACAACUGAACACAGCACAUCAUGUAUCACUUGACAAAUUGGGAAUAAAUCCAACGAUAUAUCUAAAAUUGCCAAAAUUAUUAGAAGAUCUUUGUCAAUUUUCGAUUACUGAAGUAAAAGAAAAAGAGAUGUCAUGUUGUGAACAGAAAGAUCCCACUACUGAACUGGCAAUAAUAGUAAUAGUUGGCGAAGGCAAAAAAUUAUGGUUUAACAUUCAGAAAGCCAAGGUUUAUCCGGUCUCUAUAAAACAGUUUAACUGA